UUUAUCAUCCUUCCACCUCUCCAAUUAUCCCCCUCCUCCAGGCAAACCUUUUCUUUGUUUUUGUUUUUAAUCCAAUAAAUAUAUCUGUAACUCCUCUUCCACAGAUGAUCACCUCUACUUCCACAUCAUUACCCCAAUUUCAUUUUUGUCUUCCUACAUUUCCUCCCAUUUACCCCCUCUUCCUUCCACUAAUCCAUUUACCCCUUUAUUAUCCUUCUUCCUCUCCUUUUUAUGCCCCACCACCACCACCGUUCUGAUAUCUUUUACCCCCCCUUUGCCACUGACCAAAUUUCCUCAACCACCCACGUCUGUUGAUCGACUGCUUUUUUCUUUUUACUACCCGUUUAUGCUUUAUGACCCCAAUCUCCAUCUGUUUUUACCCCCUACUUUUACCCUCCAAGUCUUUCCAGCUCAUCCCAGGCCCCUGGGUUCUUUUUUUUUUCCUCUCCCAGGGGUCUUGCGAGAUACUGUCCCAAACCCCAGAACAAGUAACCCGGUUACUAAAAUCACGUGUGUGUCGAUGAUGUGUAAGGUUGGGUUUUUAGAGUUCCCACUUCAGGAAAGGAUAACGGACAGGACGAUUGAAGAAUCCAGAUUAUUUUCUAGGUUCUCCGAUGUUCCCGGACUGCAUCGUUCCACAGAAAGUCGUUGAUUCGGUCAGAUGGAUCGCGGAGGCCACGUGGGCGCCGUUCUCUCUCUGGAUCAGAUCCGCUCUAUACGCUCCAAGAACGAGUACACCGAAGGCCCCGUGACAUCCGCGGCACCCUCGCCACCGUCGACGCGCCAACCGUCUGCGGCGCCCUCGUGGCGCCCGUCGCCUCCUCCCCGGACGCUGAAGCACGAGCGAACUCACGAGGUCAUCGUGGUUAACGUUAACAACAACAAUUACGGAAGCGGCGGCACCGGCGGCGGCUUCUCUCCUUCUUCGGGUGGCUCGCCACCCUUUCGGCAUGUGGUUAGGACGCAGCCCAAAUCGCAAAUGGCGCCCUUGCGGCCUCUGUUCGCUCCCUCGGACACUCUGUUGAAGUCGAAGCAGGCGAAGUCGAAGGGCGAGUCGUUGCUGUCGUCGUCUUCUUCGUCCUCGUCGUCCUCGUCGCACCAGCUGAUUUGCGAGAGCUGUGGGAAGUGCAAGUGCGUCGAGUGCACGUCGCCUAGGCCCCUUCCCUCGCGGAUGGUGUGCGACGGCCAGUGCGUGUGCUCGGCCGAGAGCGUGUUGGAGCACGGCACGUGCAUGUGCCUCGUCAAGGGCCUUUUCUACCACUGCUCGAGCGAGGGCGGAGACGACGCGGGCGACUCGUGCGCCGACCGGCCGUGCUCGCUGACAAGGCCGCGCUGCCCGGCGCGCUUCCUCUGCAUGGCCCUCAUGGCUCCAGUCUUCCCUUGCCUACUCUGCUACCCUCCCUGUAAAGGGUGCCUGAAAGUGUGCCAGGUGUGCCACGACCGCCUGCGCCGACCCGGCUGCCGCUGCAAGAACUCAAACGCCGUCUACUGCUGGAGGGACGGGCAGGGACACGCUCACGCCCGGCAAACCCACCUGAGCGGGACAGGACACACACACGAGACACUAACAAAGACGGAGCCGAAAACACAGGCACUAACACACACAGGAUUAAGGGCUUCUUGUUUUUGGCCCCAUUCGGCUUCCAUACUCAAGCUAAAACACGCACGAGCCGAAUAUGUGCUAACACACACAGCAGGGAGUCCAAACCCACGCUAACAAACACACCGAGGGCUGAACGCGUGCCAGGCAUGUGCCGCUAAUCAGUUAUGCAACGGCAAGAAAUUCUAUAUUGUUAUCGUGGAUGCUUUGAAAUCUCACCAGUGCCACUGUGGUGUGAGGGCAGCAUUGCAGGUCCUUACAAUUUGCCAGCACAGGCAAUCCCUAUAACACUCUAGUCUGCAAUGCGUAAAUAUAAGAAAAGCAGCACUGUAUCUUUGUCAUAUCGCAAUAUUAAACGUGUUAAACAGCACAUGCCUUUUAAAAAAGUGCUAACACACAGUGCAGGAUGCAGGCUGAGUCCCAGGAUCCGGGGGGAAGAGGACGGACAAUGAUCUUGUCACAAUGCUCUAAAUAAACCCACCUGUUCCUUACCGAUCUGCUGCUAGGAGGAUGGAGGAUGAAAAAAAAAAAAACCCAAAACCACUCGUUUAUAAUCUGUCACUUGGCAGUUUCUUUUAUUUUUGUUUGUUCUGUUUUGUUUUUUGGUUUUAACAAAACCAGUGUCUUAAACUGACUGCGGGUCUGCUCAGCUACUCCAUUAAAAAAAAAAAAAUGAGAGAGAGAGAGAGAGAAAGUGGGGAUUUAAAAAAAAAAAAAAAAAAACAGGCGGAAGAAGCUAAGUAAGUAAGCGAGAGACAAACCGAACCGAAUCUGUGAAGGACUGUCCGGCCAGCCCAUAAUACUGUAGCUGUUCCCAGAGCGCCGUAGCAACCUGGUAUUGUUCUCACACCGAGGGCUUCCCGUGCCUUCCCGCAGGUCGUCUCCGUGGAAACGACCCCUCCGUCUGGUAGCAUUUCCGGACAAGCGGACAUUCUCACACACACACACACACACACACUCCGUGGCAUUCUGACUUGUUUGGUUGUUUUUAUUUUUUUGUUUUCUCUCCCCUUUUCUCAUAUUUUUGUAAAAAAAAAAAAUUGUAUGUUCAAAUCCAUCAGAGGAAUCCGGGCUAUUUUUUCAAAAGUUACAAAAAAAAAAAAAAAAAGAAAAUGUCUGUUUUAAAAACAUUUUGUUUUUGUCAUUGUAAAAAAAAAUAUUUAUUAAGUGAAGCUCUAUUAUUUUAUGAUAUUUAUUGCGAAACAAAGACAGUCUUAGAUUUACUCAUGUCUGAAUAUAACAGAAAUAUCAAUACUGAGAAAAAUUAAAGGGUGACACAAGCGUUAUGUUAACUUUACUGCAGAAAUAUAUGAAUUAACUAAUAA